AAAUAAAAACUGUGAUAUUUAUUUUUUUAUACAAAAUUACUUUUUUUGUUAUAAAAUUAUAAAAAAAAACAAAAUUCUUUAAAAAAAACAUGAAACAACCUAAUCGUGAUAAUUGCAAGUAUUCCAUAAAUUUGAAAAUAUUUAAAUUACAACCCAGUGCAAAUGCUAACAAUAACGGUGAUAAAAAGUCUUCUUUGGUAGUGCCCAUGCCCACCAUAAUGCCGCCUACUUUACAAAGAAAACGCAAUUCCUGGCGUAGUGCCUGGAAAUUGGCUCAUCAAAAUAAUACACAAAAUAUUAAAAUACGUAAUUCUCAUAAUAACAAUAAUAAAAACUCCUCCAAUACAAAUAAUCACAACAACAAUAAUAUUGCAAAUACAAAAGAUAAGUUGGUUUUAGAUUCAACUAAUAAAAAAGAUAAUUUAAACAAUGACCAACAAGAACACCACUCACCACCACGACCACCUCUAGUGCUCAAAGAUCAAGUUCAAUUAAAAGAAAGUGAUAAAAUUAUAAAAAAUAAUCUAGAAAAUGUUGAAGAGGACAACAAUCUACCAUUAGAGGAGCAAGAAAUUUUGUCUAUGCCCUGGUUUGGCAUGGAUAUUGGUGGCACUUUGACGAAAUUGGUGUAUUUUGAACCCAAAGAUAUUACACCAGAUGAACAAGAUCAAGAGGCCGAAAGUUUAAGAAGCAUUAGACGUUAUCUAACGAAAAAUUCAGCUUAUGGCAAAACAGGUCAUAGAGAUACACAUUUACAGAUGGACAAUGUGGAAAUACGUAAACGUACUGGUUCGUUGCAUUUUAUACGUUUUCAAACCACAGAUAUGGGCAACUUUCUAUCACUGGCCAAACAAAAGGGUAUGGCUGAAUUGGUAACCACUGUCUGUGCUACGGGAGGAGGAGCUUACAAAUUUGAAAAUGAUUUUCGUGAGCAAGUUAAUAUGAAAUUGGCUAAAUUUGAUGAAUUGGAUACUUUAAUUAAAGGCAUACUAUUUUCCGAAAUACAAAAUCGUACAGAAUGUUAUUAUUAUGAAAAUGCCCGUGAUAUAAUGAAAAGUGAGAAAAAAGCUUUUGAUUUUUCACAACCUUAUCCCUUUAUAUUGGUUAAUGUGGGCUCAGGUGUUUCCAUAUUAGCCGUCUAUGGUCCUGACAACUAUAAACGUGUAUCGGGUACUAGUUUGGGUGGUGGUACAUUCCUGGGCUUGUGUUGCCUCUUAACAGGCUGCACUACUUUUGAAGAGGCCAUACAAUUGGCCACCAAAGGUGAUAAUCGCAAAGUAGACAAAUUGGUACGUGAUAUUUAUGGUGGAGAUUAUGAUCGUUUUGGUUUGACUGGUGAUUUAGUGGCUUCUAGCUUUGGUCAAAUGCAUAUACAAGAUAAACGAGCCUCUGUCUCCCGCGAAGAUCUUGCCAAUGCCACUUUAGUUACAAUAACCAAUAAUAUCGGUUUAAUAGCUCGCAUGUGUGCACUCAAUGAAAAAAUCGAUAAGGUUGUUUUUGUUGGUAAUUUCCUGCGUGUUAAUCCUAUAGCUAUGAAAUUACUGGCUUAUGCCAUGGAAUUCUGGUCGAAUGGCACCUUAAAAGGUCUCUUCCUAGAACAUGAAGGUUAUUUUGGAGCUUUAGGCUGUUUACUGCAAUUUAAUGGUGAAAUAGCAGCAGCACUAAAUGAAACCACAGAUAAAGUAACAACAGCAACAGAUCCAUCCACAUCGCAGCAUAAAGAUAAGAAUAAUGCAGAUGUAACAGCAGCAACAACGACAACUGAAACUCAAAGAUAGUUAUAAAAUUUAGUUUAAAGAGUGGUGCCUUUAUUUAAGUUUUAAGCAUUAUAUAAGUUAGUUUUAAUUAAACAAGAAAAAAAAAUCAAUCAAUCAAUCAAUAUUUAAGGCCAGCACGCUUGUUUUGUUUCCUCUUCUUCUUGACACAGAGUUUCUUAAUUAAGACUUUUUAAUAUAAA